GACCGUUGAUUGGCCGUCUGCGUGGCCAAUGGGAUUAUCUAGAGGAAGGAGGAGGCAUUACCGUUCCGGGGGGGCGGAAGAUGGCGGCUGGAACGGGCCCGGGGGUCCCGGACGGGGGCCCCGAGGUGCCAAACCGCGACCGUGGCGCCUUCGAAUGUAACAUCUGCCUGGAGCCGGCCCGGGAGGCGGUGAUCGGGCUUUGCGGGCACCUGUACUGCUGGCCCUGCCUGCACCAGUGGCUGGAGACCCGCCCCGAGCGCCAGGAGUGUCCGGUCUGCAAAGCCGGCAUCAGCCGCGAGCAGGUGGUGCCGCUGUACGGCCGGGGCAGCGCGGGCCAGCGCGACCCCAGGUUGAAGACCCCCCCUCGGCCGCGGGGGCAGCGCCCGGAGCCCGAGAGCCGUGGGGGCCUGCGCCCGCCGUACCAUGACGCCGGCUUCCACAUGGCCUUUGGCAUCGGAGCCUUCCCCUUCGGGGUCUUCACCACCGUCCUGCGGGGGCCCGAGGCCAGAGCGGAUGAGGCCGGUGCCCCCCGCCCCUCGGGCUGGCAGGAUUCGCUCUUCCUCUUCCUGGCCAUCAUCAUCUUCUUCUGGCUCCUCAGCGUGUGACCCCCCGGGGGGGGCCCUGGCCAGCCCCACCCACAUGGACGGGGGGGGGUCUCCCCGCCCCCGGGCAGCUCUGGAGUUGGGGGAGGGGGUGAGCGUGGGGGGCUGAUGUGGCCCCCAAGGGGCUGGGCUGACCCCCGCUUACACUACACGGUAUAAUUGAGCCCGUCUGCGGCGCCCCCCGCGGGCAGACCCAGGAGCUGCAGCCGGGGAGCCCGGGGGGCUCUGGCUAUUGACA